GCAAAAGCUGUUCCAACACGACCACAUCUCAUUGUCGCAAUUGCCUCUUCUUCCCCUGCCGAUUUUCUCGCCUCAUCAAGUGGCGAUUCCAAAUUACAUAUUUCUGCCAACUGCGUUAUUUCAACCACCGUCCAAAUCCGCUUAUCGCAUCAAUUUUCUCUGUCGCAUCUUCACGCCCAUAGAACUAGGAGGCCAUGGCUUACCUUUCGAUCGGCACCAAUAUUCUACCACUACUUUACUGAUCACGGGUCCGAGGCUAAAACACUCCGAGCUGCGCUGCGACUUCGAAUUUCUAGGCGGAGGUUAAUCCGGCCUCCAAUACAGCAUGACGUCUCAACAUCCUGACUUCGACGAGUUCUACGACGAUCAAGUGGCAGCUCAUCGACAGCUCUUUCCACAGCAGAAUCCUUGGGAUCGCAUCACCCAACCGAGUGUCCUAAUCUCUUGUCUCAUCGUUGUCAUCACUAUUACAUACAACUUAUAUGCUUCAACAACCACCUUUCAAGAAUCAAUACGCCUUUUAGGAACCACGCUCUGGGACGGCCUUGUAUUCAUUGUCCCUGAGAGCCUCCUGAAUGCCUUGGAUACGCCCGAUAAUUCUACUGCAACCGCAACCUCCGAGCCGAUGUGUCUCGUCGAACGAAGCCACCAUGCCGUCAAAAGCAACAAGAUGCGGAGGGUUUUGGGGUUGACUCACCCCGGCGGCGUCAUGUCCUCAGUCUUUGAAGUUAGGAAACGCGCCCUCUCCAUGACCGGCAGCGUUCUAGGCUUGAAGACCGAAUCCGAUCGUCCACCAGGUCUUGGCAAUAUGGACAACUCAUGCUACCAGAAUAGCAUACUCCAAGGACUUUCAUCACUCAAACCUCUACCUGAAUACCUCUCCACCUAUCUUGAAGCAUCGAAUAAAAGUGGCGAUCAAGACGUUGCGCAAACACUACGGACUCUUAUCGCCGACCUGAACGACGUUUCGAAUUAUGGGCGCACGUUAUGGACUCCAAGUCUGCUCAAGUCUAUGAGCACAUGGACCCAACAGGAUGCUCAGGAAUACUACUCCAAAUUAUUAGAUGAUAUCGAUAAGAGUGUCGCAAAAGCUAUCAAGAAUGCACAACCUCAACAUCCCGGUCUGGCCGUUAAGAUUGACAAAGACGACGCUGCUGUAAGUGAGUAUAGCGACGACAGUGGUUAUCAAAGCAUAAUAUCUUCACCCGAGAUCAAGUCGAGCCACAAUCCGUUGGAGGGUAUGCUCGCACAAAGAGUGGCCUGUGUUCGGUGUGGAUAUUCCGAGGGGCUAUCCAUGAUACCCUUCACAUGCUUGACACUGAGUCUUGGUUUGAACAAGCAUCAGCAUGACCUGUAUGAAAGGCUGGAUGCUUACAGCAAAGUGGAAGCGAUCGAGAACGUCGAGUGUGCCAAGUGUACCCUUGUGAAGCAUGAGGACCUUUUGUCUAAGUUGGUAGACAGGAUGCGACACAACGAGACGCCAGACGAGCACCUCCAAAAGGCUCUGCGCCGACUUGAGGCAGUGAAGCUAGCUUUGGAGGAAGACGAUUUUGAGGAAAAGACUCUGACGGAAAAGUGCAGCAUUCCGGCCAAUAACAAAGUCAGCUCUACAAAGACCAAGCAGAUUGUUAUUUCUCGUGCGCCAAAAAGCCUGGCUGUCCACAUGCAACGUUCGGUGUUUGAUCCUUCUACUUUCAACAUGAUGAAGAAUUCAGCUCCAGUCAACUUUCCCAUGACAUUGGAUCUUGGCCCGUGGUGCUUGGGUAGUGCCUCCAAUUCUUCGACUCAAGCAUCGAGUGCAGAGGAGAAAUGGGAUGGGGACCCUCGAGAAUCAAUGAUAGCUGGUGACCAAGGCUCAUCCAAAAUUACGGGGCCUAUCUAUGAGCUUCGAGCAGUGGUGACACACUAUGGGCGGCACGAGAACGGGCACUACAUAUGUUAUCGCAAAUAUCCACGACAUAGCCCGCCUGUCAAAGCAGCUGACGAUGAGGAACCUGAUAGCAAGGUGGAUAUUCAACCUGAGCUCGAACGACAGAAUCAAGAGAACGACAACGACGAACCUGGGAUGGACUGGUGGAGACUGAGCGAUCACAACGUCUCAAAGGUUAGCGAGGAUGUAGUGCUAACCCUCUCUCCUGGCGUCUUUAUGCUCUUUUACGACUGUGUGGACUCUACGAUGGCUAUGAACGAUCAAGACGAAAGUAUGCAAGAUGCCAAUGAGGUUGCAGAUCUGGGUGCCGCGACCGGGCUGGCCAGUGCAACGGACAAAACGGCUCAAAUAGCUCAGGGGCACGAAAUUCAAAAGUCCAAUGGCAAGCCAAAGGAGGGAUCGAAUUUGGAAGAAGACGCCACGUCAUACAUCGCAAAUGAUCAGGUUGCCAUUGAAACGACAACGCGCGGCUCUAAUUUGAUCGCCAAUACAGCUUCAUUGGUUCAUGUUACGCCAUAAUGCAUUGCAAAGCUGAAGGAUGGAAUUUGGAAAGGAAGAGGCGGUGCAUUAGUAGCCAGGGCUUCGAGUCUCGGUGCGCAACAGGCGAAGAGCAGGCACGCGUGGUGUCAUUUAUGGGUUUUAUUCAAAAGCAUAGCGAUGGCGUUAAAGAACCAGUUUACAAUGGUUGGCAUACCUGUUUAUUGUAAGAAGGGUCUGGGAUAAAGAGAUCAAGCGGUUCAAAGUGCAUGUAUUGCAGCUAGUUAGGUUAUUAUAAGGGUUGGUACCAAUGGUGCUACUGUGCACGGCACUAUAAUGCAUAGACGGGUCUCUCGGCUCAGCAAACCGAUCGUUAUCACAAGCCAGCCAGAAUGGAAUUGUGAACCGAAAUUGUUGUUCUCGCUUGGGUGAAUGGGUUAGUAUGACUAUCUUUCAGUGAGGG